CUUGCCACAGCUGUGCAAGCCCACUUUCAGAUGCAAUAUCCUAUUCCACGAGGUCCUUUCGUCGAAGACUCAGAACCAACGUUCUGCGACGGUUACAACGAUGCUGUAAAUAACCGUACCGUAUUCCCCUUUAGUAACGGGAUCAUCAACAUGAACAGCGAACAUCCGUUGUGGACAGCGGAGGUCCUCAUCUCGACAUAUCAAGACCCUAAUAACUUUAGCUAUUUCAAUUCUAGCUCUGGUUAUCAGGUUGUAGUUCCAUUCUUCCAGCAAAGCGGGGAGGGAUUGUACUGUUUCCCUAUCGAUAUCGCUGCUGCAGCAGUGAAUGUGUCCGGAAUUCAAGAUGGCGCGAAUGUUACCAUCCAGGUUCUCUUCAAUGGCGGUGACGGUAAUCUCUACCAGUGUGCAGACUUAACUUUAUCUGCUAACUUGACGGUUCCGCCGGCUAACGCCUCGUCCGGUUGCACGAACGUAUCAUCUUCUACGACUUCUACUAAGAGCAGUGCU